AUGUCGUCCACGGGCGCACCAAAAGCAAAGGAGCGAGAUCCACCUCCUCUCCUGUUUAUGCCUCCAUCGCCAUCCAUAUCUCGUGUCUCGCUUCCCGGCUCCCUCGCAACUAGCGUUCAAGCUCUCGGAAGACACAAUCUGACAUGGAAUCCUACCACUGUAGACGCCUCGCGCUCGGGGGGGUCAGAUAUGCCAUCAGAACAGCGGCGUCCUGAGUGGGCCCUACAGACCAAGGGGAGCUAUGGAGGCACUGACAGGACAGAUGCACUAUGGGCAGAAAUGCAGGCCACGCUGGAGAAGGUGGAAUUAUCUGCCUCCGAAGGCACUCAUGUAUUUGGACCCGAGCACGACCGCAAACUAGGAGAACUGCGGACUGCUCAAAUUGUACUUGCACAGGCCUGGGCCAGAAGUGAAGCAGACGAUACCAUAGAGACUGCUCUGCGUGACCAUAUGAAUGACGACAAGGGUGAUGAACUGCCUAAUCUACGAGACGGGCUACUGGACUCGUCAAGACCUGAGAGGGGAGAAGGGACUGAUGCAGCAAAGAGCAUGAUGGGCACAUCAAGUGGAUGGCAGGGAAGUGACGAAAAAAGAGCAGACCGCUUAGGGGCAAAGUUGGUAGAGGAAACGGAGGCCGAUAUUCUACUCGCGAGAAAGCGACGAGAGGCCAACGAUGAAUAUUUUGAGCGCGUCAAUGACGGUGUCAUCGACGUUAUUGCCAAACUUGAAUCAGUAGCAGUGGCCAUGCGAGCAGUAGAGGAAGAGACAAAAGAUUUGUGGAGUGAUGCUGCCACUCCUCAGGAUAAGUAG